AUGGAUCAGAAGUUCUGGGAUGGUACCAUUGAGUUCUUUGAUAUGUUGCGUAAGCGUGGCCCACUCCCCAGUGUACACUAUAAUAUGUCAUCGUUCACUCGAUCAAACGUCAAUCUACGCAACAUACCAAUCACUCAACUGGACAUUGGCAAUGAGGGUGAAUAUGACGUCUUUGAUAUCGGCAUCAACUCGAGCAUUCUCCCAACGACCCUGACCGGCAUGGACGUCGCCCUCUGCAGCCAAGGUAGACUGUCGCCCAACUUUGACCUUAGAGAUAUGACAUCACUCGAGGUGUUGGGCUUUGGUGAACUGGUCGCGCCCUUGGACUGCUCGCUAUUUCCACCCUCACUGGCCUUUCUCACUCUCUACAGUCCGUACAAACUUCCCGUGUUCAACUUGCCGCCCUCGCUCACCGACCUGACUAUCUUUGCGCUGAACUAUCCACAUCCAAUCAAUCAUCCAACAUUGCGAAUGCUUUAUAUCAACUUGUCCAGCACUGCCCUCCCAGCAUCUCCCAACCUUGUCGAGCUUUUUCUCGAGUCAUUCAACAUCCAUCACCUGGGAACUAUCACAUCGGACACAUUCCCCGUGCUGGACAAGUUGGUCAUUGGCUCCAUUGAUGGUGAGCCUACAUCAGAGUUGGACUUGUCAACGCUACCCGCAUAUUUAAGGAGGCUGGAGAUCGCACCAAAUGGACAAAUCACCUCGUUUCCAAGUGGCAUCGAACACUUGUUAAUACGCCUCGAUAAAUUCAGUCUAAAGAUGACUAGUUCAAUGUGGCCAAGUCCAUCGCAUAUCAACACUCUGACACUACAUGGAGGCCUUAACACAUAUACAUUGAAGCCAGGUGAUAUACCUGGUGAAUCGAUAACAAGUUUGAACUUGAUAUUCUAUGAUCAACCAAUAGCCAACCUUGCAAUGAUCACACCUUCACUGAGGUACUACCGUUGGCAUGAUGACAGAUCCAUAAAGUACAUUGAUCAAGGUCAACAAUUCAUGGAUCACAUACCUUUGACCACCUCACACAUUGUGAUCCACAUCAAGAGUGUAGCAUUCGAUCUAAGACGAAUAUCCCCAACUCUAUUCCUACACAUCGAUCCCGACCUAAUACGCUCUGGCUUCAUCCAUUUGGACAAGAUCCAACACAUCUUGGAACAACAAUAA